AUGGCCACCAGUAAGCCCCACCCAUUACUUCAGUUUUUUCAUCGCCGAAGACAAAACCACGCUGCUACUAUUAAGUAUAUCGUUGGCGAAGGGCAUGAACUAUUCAGCGAUGUUCCUAUCGAUGAGCUUGUAUCUUUGGCCUUUUUCUCGACGCCAACUAACUUAAAAACAUUUGCACGGAGCCACCCCGAAUUGAGGCCACUCGUUCUACAAACUUACGAGUCUGAUAAGAACAACGAUCUGUUCCGCGAUUGGCAGUUCUUUUGUAAAACGAUUGAUGAUGGCGGGAGGCGAUCGGAAUAUUUACUUGAGGGCGCCAUCAAGUUUGGCACAGAACAUAUUCCUCAAAGGUGGCAACACGUAUGGCAACUUCGUAGUCGUGAGCUCUUGCAGCUUCUGCGACGAGGCCGCACCGAACAAACCACUCACGUGGACUGCCAGCCUAGUCAUCGUUUACGCUCAAGCCUAAAUGAGCAUUUGGGUGCGGGGUCCUCCACUGCGUUCACAUCUUUUUUGGACUCAAAUAGCUGGUUUAUAGCGAGAGCGCCAGACGUUUCCAGACUCCAAAUCACGAUCAGUAAUUUCCUAUAUAUUGGCAUGAGCAUGAGUUUCAAGAGGGCACAGGAGAAACACCAUCUGACCGAUGCUGUGCGUCUCCACGUUGCGGCAGAGAGCGGUGGCGACUUCAAAUUAGAAAUUUUCGUAAGCACACCCAUAGCAAGAGCUUUCACUGACGCAAUACGCGAUGGAAAUGAAGAGCUGUUGAGAAUUAUGCUUGGUGACUAUCUCGCGGAAGGCAUGGACGGUAGUCUUUGGAAACAAGAGGAGAAGCACUUGGGGAUCCCAGGGCCGACAGCAGCUUUGAGAGUGGUACCUACCGAGGACGAGGAUUAUAGGUUGUUUGUUAUGCUUCGGUUCUCAACAGGCCAAGAGCUCUUUGGUUCUCUUUUCCCUAUUUAG